AUAUGAUAUACGCACUCACAUUCUUCUUCUUAUCCACAAGCAGUUGCAGUUUCUCAGAUUAACUAAAGAAAUUUGGCUCCAUAAUUAGCUAGCUAGCUAUAGCUUAUUUACUUUGUUAUUUAUUUUGUGUUUUGAACUGUUACUGUUGCUGUACAAGCGAUGAGAAAUAUCAAUCAGAUUCUCAAAUGUAAUAAAUAUUUUAUUCGAAGAAAAUGUACAGACAUUCCUUCUGUGUUUGUAAACAUUGGUGGGAGCAGUUUGACGGGAAGGACACACAUUCAAGAGAAUGAGGAUAGAUAUACCAUACAAAGAUUUCAACGCAACAUAAAGUAUUUUAAUGUAUUAGAUGGACAUAAUGGUUCGUUUGUAUCUGACUUUGUAAACAGAACAUUGCCAGAGAUUGUGAAAGAAAAGAUUUUAAGAAAUAGUCACUGUUUAUAUGAUGGUGUGUUUGAAGUGGUUGAACAAUGUUUAUUGGAAUCUUUUAGUGAAUGUCAAGAUAUUCUAAAAGAAUUUAUUGAAAGCGCUGAAAACCUGAAGAGAAAAGAUAUGGUUGGAUCAACUGCUGUCGUUGGUUUACUUAUCGAUAACAACUACCUGACCAUUGCUAAUGUUGGUGACAGUAAAGCCAUACUAUGUAGAAGUGGUCGACCUAUCGAACUGUCAGUGGAACAUAUCCCAGAAAAUCAACAAGAAGCUGAACGUGUUAUAGCUGCUGGCGGAUGGAUCGAUUGGGAUAGCAAAUUCAAACCGUUAAUUGGAGGACGAUUAUCAAUGACUAGAUCAUUUGGAAAUUUACUUUUAAAAUCAACAGGUGUUAUAAGUAGACCUUCUAUACACCAUCAAAUGAUAGACGAUUUUUUAGACUCUUUUGUGGUGCUUUGUUCAGAUGGCAUCACGCAUUCAAUGACAGAUGAGGAGAUUGUUUACAUAGUAAGUCAACAUGAUGAACCAAACUAUGCUGCAGAGGACUUAACGACGACGUCACAACAAUAUGGAUCUGACGACGACGCGACGGCUGUUGUCGUGCCGUUAGGAGGAUGGAGAUCGAUGGAGAUUAAAACUAGUCGCAUUGAUUAUAGCAUGUUUCGAACUGUUGUUGGGUGCAGGUCGGGCGGUUGAUGUUGAUAUGUUUUAGUAGACGGUAGGUGAAUUAGUUAGAUGGAGACAAAUGUUAUUUGUAGGGAAAGUUUUUUAGACGAAACUAUUAAUUAGAAGAUAGGAUAUUUUUAGGUAAUAUUCUCAUACUCUGUAAUUCGGAUUCUCACUAAAAGAAUUUGUUUAAGAAUUUCCAGUCCUUUUACAGUCUAGAUCAACUGCCUGUAUCUAGCUCACCGUUUUUUGUUAGAUUCGACGAAAUUAAUGAGCUUAAUAAAAAAAUUCUGCUUCGUUUAAAUCCUUGCUUUCUCUUGAUUUGUUUUUGAUGCUGAAAUAAAUAAAAAAGUCUUUUUACCAACCUAUCGUCUUUCACCUGUGAUUUACUACAGAAGCAGAAGCGAAAAGCACUUUUUAAUGCAAUGUUGUUUUUUUCAUAUGAAUCAUUUGUAGCUUGUUUCUUUCAUCGAUUUUAAAAAUGGAGAUAAGGAACCCGAGGGACUGUACUUAAUCUUUUUUGGGCAAAAAACCACCAGAAAAAGAUGGGAAAUCAAAUUCUAUUAAACAUUUUAAAUAUCCCCUCAUACUUUUUAAAUAAUAACUCCAUCUCGUCAGUUGGUUUUUAGACAGUUACGGAAAGAUUGUUUUGCUAAUUCUAGAAUGUGGAAUCUUCCUAGAAAAGAAUUUAUUAUGAAAACAAACAUUAGGUAAUUGCUUUAUUGUUAAGCUAUAUAUUGUGUAUGUAUAUAUCUGGCUAUAGGUGACACGUGUAUGGCUACGCAGGGAAAAUGUACUUUUCUAAACUCAGACGCGUAUUUCAAUUUUCACACUAGAAAAAUUAGUGGUCGGGUCUGGUCGAAUCCUGAUUUAAUACCAGGCCAUAUUAGCGUUAUUUUUUAGCUUUCUAUGGUAAUUUAUGCUUUUCAAAUCAGUCCUAUUUAUGUCAUGUGACAAACUUUCUGCUGUAAUCACCAAUUCAAUAAGCUGGAUAUAUAUGGAAUACAAUCUCUAUAUUUUGUCUGUC